AUGGCGGCGUCCCAGCUGCUCAAAAGCCGCGUCCGCAGGCCAUCGUACCUCUCAAAGCUGGCCAAGGCUGAAGAUCUGCUUCACUUAUUUCCGAAUGGGAGCUAUAUCGGAUGGAGCGGUUUUACUGGAGUUGGGUAUCCAAAAAAAGUUCCAACAGCUCUGGCGGAUCACGUGGAGAAACAUGGUCUGCAAGGCAAGCUCAAGUUCAAUUUGUUCGUGGGCGCGUCCUCUGGAGCUGAAACAGAGAAUCGAUGGGCUCGAAACGAUAUGAUUGAGAGGCGUGCUCCGCAUCAAGUUGGCAAAGAUAUCGCAAAGGGCAUCAAUACGGGGAAAAUCAAGUUUUUUGACAAGCAUCUGUCCAUGUUCCCUGUUGAUUUGAUGUACGGUUUCUACACAAUGAAUCGUAAAGGCCAACACGAAGAAGGGCAGAGCAAUGGAUUGGACAUUGCAAAGAAAACGAAUAGGCUUGACGUGGCCAUUGUGGAGGCGAGUGCAAUCACGGAGGAUGGCGGCAUCAUUCCAGGAGCAAGCGUUGGUGCCAGUCCAGAAAUCAUCCAGAUGGCUGAAAAGAUUAUUAUCGAGGUCAACACAGCGACCCCGUCUUUUGAAGGACUGCACGAUAUAACGAUGACUGACCUGCCACCAAGGAGAAAGCCAUAUCUCAUCAUGGCACCUGAAGAUCGAAUUGGCACCCCACAUAUACCGGUUGACCCCGAACGUGUUGUUGCCAUCGUUGAGUCGGACUACCCGGAUCAAACACAACCGAAUGCUCCCGAAGACGAGAAGUCUGCAGCUAUCGCCACUAAUCUAAUCGAAUUUCUCAAACACGAAGUCGACCAUGGCAGAUUACCACAAAAUCUAUUGCCCAUUCAAAGCGGAAUAGGUAACAUUGCCAAUGCCGUGAUCGGUGGUCUGUCUCAUGGUGCACAAUUCAGAAAUUUGAAGGUCUGGACGGAGGUUCUUCAAGACUCCUUCCUAGACCUGUUCGAUUCUGGUCAUCUGGACUUUGCGACGGCGACCUCGAUUCGCUUUUCGCCUGAUGGAUUCAAGCGCUUCUACGAACGUUGGGACCAAUACGCUCCCAAGCUACUCCUGCGCUCACAACAGGUAUCUAAUUCACCUGAAAUCAUCCGCCGGCUUGGUGUCAUAGGAAUGAACACGCCGGUCGAAGUUGAUAUAUACGCCCACGCAAACAGCACUUGCGUGAUGGGCUCCCGUAUGUUGAAUGGUCUUGGUGGCAGUGCAGACUUCCUUCGCUCCGCCAAAUACAGUAUUAUGCAUACCCCAUCAACAAGGCCAACAAAAACAGAUCCCAAUGGCAUCACUUGCAUCGUGCCCAUGUGCACGCACGUCGAUCAAACGGAGCACGAUCUAGACGUCGUGGUCACGGAACAGGGACUCGCAGAUGUCCGCGGUUUGUCACCUCGAGAACGAGCGCGCGUCAUUAUCAAGAAUUGCGCACAUCCCGACUACCAGCCUAUCUUGAUGGAUUACUUCGAAAGGGCCGAGUUCGAAUGUCUUCGAAAAGGUUGGGGACACGAGCCGCAUUUGCUUUUCAACACGUUUGACCUGCAUAAAAACCUCGUGGAGAAGGGAACAAUGAAGAUUCAAAACUGGUUCUCUUAG